AUCUCACAUCUACAAGCACAUAACUGCCACAGUACAACGACACAUAUUCCUAGAAGUGUUUGUGGCACAUAAUAUGAUUGUGAAAGAAGAGUUCAAGUACUCGUGUAUCGAGUGUAUACGAGGUCACCGGUCGAGUCUAUGCAAACACUCCGAACGGCCACUUCUACAGGUUCGAUCCAAAGGAAGACCUACGAUCAGCAAUAAUCCAAAUUACCGAAUCGCCAUAUUUGCCAAACAUGUUGAGCCCGAAGGUAAAGCCAUCCGCAUCAUCCAGUCAUCGAUCGAGUACAUUAUUGAUAUCACCACCAGAGAUAUCAUCGGUCCAUAUACAGAAGAGUCUCAGAUCAAAGUCACCCAGCACGAAGUGAAUAGUGACAGCUUCAUCGUCGCCACCUCCUGUUGCUCGAACGGUCUUGUACGAAACCGUUCUUGUGGAUGCAAUCAUACCAAUAAUAAAAGUAAGAUCUUGAAGAAAUACUUGAACAAGAACAAAAAGAAGUUCAAGUUUAUUGACAACAACCACGAAGCAAAGCAGGAAUCUUUGCGAGACCAGCUUCGACGCAGCGUGCGGGCCAGUCAGAGCGCGGUGGCACCGUGCUUCUGUGGAGACGAUUGUCAGUGUGAGUCAUGUGCGGUACAUCACGGCGAGAACUAUGAUUUUGAUAUCCGCCUGGAGUUGGACACAGCAAUACGAGAGAUGGGGCUAGGGACUUCUUUCGUGCUGACUCCGGCUUCUACAGCCGAUUCUUCUGUGCCAGCUCUUGCUGUCUCAGACUUCAACCUCAUGACAUACAAUUACCAGCCGGUGCAAGCACAACUGCUGGCUGUCGCGAGAGCCAGUCUGCCGACUGACCUGUCACCAGUCGAGUGCCGGUGCCCUGAUAAUGACUGCAAAUGUUCCAACUGUGAGACGCACGGAAUUAUCAAUGGCAUUAAGCUUGACGACAUAUUUGCCAAUAUCGACUACCGGCUUCUUGGAAUAUAGUUGCAGAUGUUUGAUGUGACGAUGCUGUAAAUAGAUACGAGUGCUAAUGAAAUAUUCUAAUCUGAGAGCUUGUGGUA